UAGACGCAUGGGAUGCACACUCAGCCUGCAAUUCUCUGCCUUCUUCUACUAACAAGUCCAACUACCCUGUCAUUCAAACAUGCCCAUUUUCUCUGCCUAUCCAAACUUUAAAAGAAAAACAAAUCCAAUAUACAUUCCAUUUUACUUUCAUCUUCCCAAUGGAUUCCAACAGUAUACCCUGCACAGAACUUCGAUAUUGCACAAGGCUGAGAACAGAGUGCAAAUUUCUGCGUGUGCAGAAAGAUUUAGCAGUAACGAUGCAGGAACAAGAUAGCCUAAAACUAGAAAGCACCAUGAGAGUGGUUCAUUCCUUGACCUCUGUUCUUUCCAAGGCUCAGGGAAGAGAGACUUGUGACAAAGGGGUGGAUAUGAUUGAAAAGAGCACUCCGAGCAUUCAAAUAAAGAUUUUGCAAGAAAGGUUGCAGAAGUUAAGAAGCAAAUCUGAAUUAAGGGAAACUGAAGUCAAAGAGGUGUGCCGCAGAAAUACUUGUCAGGCAGCCAUUCGAAAUGUUGCAGAGCAGGUGAAAGCAGAGAGUGGACAACUGUGGGAGAUGCAACUUCUUUUAGGUGUUUUGGAUAAGCAAGUGCAGGAGCUGCACAACUCUAGAGAUUUAUGGCGGUGCAAAGCAUUUCGUGCUACCAGAGAGGCUGAAGCACGCAAAGAAAUGGUGCAGCAAUGGCAGCACAAGGCACGUUCCUCUCAGAAAAAGUUGUGGCACUUGGAGUCACAGAUGACCCACUUAAAAAUUCAUCCUCAUUUUCAAUCAGACCCAAUGCUAUAUCAUGAGACAACAAAUGGGUCUGACAAACGAGACAAGAUUGACAAAAAAUGUUGGAAUACUGUGGAGGAGAAGAACAGUAACAGUAAUCUUAACAACAGUAAGACAGGGGAACUGAAGAGGGUUUUGCCCAAACGCCAGGCUUUCUUAGAUGUGGAAGGUAAGGUGAGAGCAGACAAUGUAAAUGGACAGCAUAAAAAAAGUGAAUGUGGGAAGAAAAAUAUAAGGCAGGAUCUCCAUGUUAGAAACCAGAGUUCAACAAGAUGUCCAUUGCAGAAUAUUUCUAAUGUUAUUGAUUUCUCUCUUCCUCCAAGUUGAGAAGAAAUCUUUGAAUUUGUAAUUCAUAUCUUACUAGUAAUUGUAGAUAACUUAUCUGCAGUAAUUGUAGAUAAUUUAUCUGCUAUGAAGAAAGUUUGUUCUAUUUAAAUCCACUUACUCUUUU